AUGGAUACUGUUGCUAGACAGUUGUAUACAGGUAUUAAGGUUGUAGACCUGUUAGCACCAUACACCAAGGGUGGUAAGAUUGGUCUCUUUGGUGGUGCUGGUGUUGGUAAGACAGUUGUUAUUAUGGAGCUUAUCAAUAAUAUUGCUAUGAAGCAUGGUGGUUUCUCUGUCUUUGCUGGUGUUGGUGAGCGUACUCGUGAAGGUAAUGAUUUGUAUCAUGAGAUGAUUGCUGGUGGUGUUAUUAAGAAGGAUAAGGCACCAGGCAGCAAGGCUGCUUUGGUCUAUGGCCAGAUGAAUGAGCCCCCAGGAGCUCGUGCCCGUGUUGGCCUUACUGGUCUUACUGUUGCUGAGUACUUCCGUGAUGAGGAGGGUCAAGAUGUAUUACUCUUCAUUGAUAACAUUUUCCGAGGUGUCAGCUCUAUUGGGGCGUAUCCCAUCUGCUGUGGGAUAUCAGCCAACUCUAGCUACAGGUACCUACAGGUGGCCAAUGGUGAUGUCUUCUUGGCUGUUUAUGUACCAGCUGAUGAUCUCACUGAUCCAGCACCAGCUACUACUUUUGCACAUCUAGAUGCUAAUACUGUAUUAAGUCGUCAUAUUGCUGAACUUGGUAUUUAUCCUGCUGUUGAUCCACUGGAUUCUACCAGUCGUAUGCUUGACCCUUCCAUUGUUGGACAAGAACAUUAUGAUGUUGCUCGUGCAGUCCAGAAGGUCCUCCAAGAUUACAAGUCCUUGCAGGAUAUCAUAGCCAUUCUAGGUAUGGAUGAGCUCUCGGAAGAUGAUAAACUUACUGUAUCCCGUGCAAGGAAGAUGCAGAAGUUCCUCUCACAGCCCUUCUUCGUCGCUGAGAACUUUACUGGUCUCCCUGGACGUUAUGUUGACUUACCAGAUACCAUUUCAGCUUUUCAAUCCAUUCUGAGAGGAGAUUGUGAUGAUAUUCCUGAGGCAGCAUUCUUCCUUGUUGGUGAUCUUAACGAUGCUAAGGAGAAGUCAUUGAAGUUGGCAACAUCAGCUACUACUGGUUAG